CAAACACGCCGCCCUCCCCUCCCUCUCUCCUCCCGCCUUCUCUCGAAUCGGCGGCUCUCAGGGUCACAGGAGCUCUAGCCCUAGUAGACGUUCAACAAGCCGAGCCGACUCGACUCUAGAGUAACAAGAAAGCAUUCGCCGAAUUUGGUUGUCUUGAAACGUGCUAAGCUUUGAUUCUAGAGUAUAAGAAAGAAUGGAUGAGUUUGUUUUGAACGGUGGUGGCGAUAAGCAUUAUUUAUCUGUUAUUUCUCCCCAAGACAUGUCUCCCAAGGAAGGAUGUGAAAACAUCAAUCUUUCCAUUUAUGAUGAUGAUGAGGUUUAUGGAGGAAUUUGUGGUGGGCUGUUGUAUUUGGAUAAUUUUGAAGGCAAAAUUGCUCUUUGCAACUUAACCAAUAAAGAGUUCAAAUUUCUUCCUCCUCCCAAGAAAUCCGAGAAUUCCAGUCCAUAUCUUGACAUUUUCAGCAUUAGUGGCCUCGGAUAUGAUUCUAAAUCUGGUGACUACAAGCUCAUACGAAAGUAUGAGCGAUGGUACAGCCGGGUUGAAGUUGAUGAAAGAUUUGGUAGACCAAUAUACAAUUGUUAUGGCUGCACAAAAACUGAGUUGUAUUCGCUUGCAAGCGAUUCUUGGAAGGAGAUUCCAAACCGCGAUGUUGAUCUUGAACUUUGUGGUGUGUAUGUUGGGGGUAGUUGUUAUUGGCAAGUCCUUGGUGGUGAAGGUCAAUCAUUUGCUGUUAUGUCUUUUAACUUUACUGAUGAAAGUUUCUCUUGCUUGCCUUCAUUGCCACUUAGUAUGGGGGAUAAUGUUAUUGACAUUGUUGAGUGUCGUGGUUAUGUGGGUGCUAUUGCCUAUGACAGACCAAUAGGCUAUGAGCAACCAAAAGAGUCUGGAUCAGUUUGCAACUCUUUUCAUUGCAAGCCUUUUCAGCUUUGGGUAUGCAAAGAAAGGUUGUGGACCAAAACGUUUUCUGUUGCUCUCUGUGGUAUUGAAAACCCGUUGGGAUUGAAAGAUGGACAGUGUUUGGGAUUGAAAGACGGCCGAUUCCUCCUUCUUGCAAGAGAAGGAAGAAGUGGUAGCGAAAGAAGUGGUGGAGAAAGAAGAAGCAGUGAUGAGUUACUGGUUUAUGAUUGUAUUACAAAUGAGUGGCGAAAACCGGAUAUCUUUUCUCGUGCACGAGAUGUGAAUAUCCACUCUCGUGCACAAGAUAUGAUUGUUCUUUCUAUUCUUGAGGAUAGAGCUGUGCUGGUUUAUCAUUGGAUUACGGAAGAACAGGGGAUGAGGCAGAGAAAGAUUAUUCUUUCUGUUGUUGAGAACAGAGCUCUACUACCGGAUGCAAAGCCAAUAAACGGGUACGACACUACAAAAAAACGUGAAAUUAGCGGCGCAAAUUACCGGCGGCGAUUUUGCCGUCGGUAAUUACCGGCGGCACGACGGCGGCAUUUCAGGCGACCCGCAAAUUCGAAAUCACCGUCCAAUUACCGACGGCAAAAUCGCCGCCGGUAAUUUAUUUAUUUGCAUUAAAUGUUUUUUUUACACAAUUACCGACGGCGAUAAUGCCGCCGCUAAUUAGCGGCGGCAAUUGCCGUCGGUAAUUGUUAAAAUAUAGGGCAGCUAUUCCCUUUUUUUUUCAGUUUUGCGCCGCACGAAUAGAACCCACCCCCCCCCCUUCCCCUGCUGCUGCUUCCGGUCCGACCGCCGCCGCCCAGUUCGACGACCUCGUUUCACCGCCUUCUUCACGACACCCGCCGGAAACCACCACCUCCACAAAAUGUUGAAGAUUCGUCCGAGAAGGUGUUCAAAAGAUGCUGUAGAUCGAUCUCCAGCCACUCAAAGCUUGCAACGGUGUCGAAGAAAUGUCGAAGAAGUUGAGCCGUGCACAAAAGCAAACCCAUGGGAUCUGCUCAAUUUUUUUACUUUCUAUCAAUAUCUCUAGGUUUUAAUUAUAUGAUAUUUUCAAGAAUCCUUAUGCUUGUUGCUGUUCCAUCUUGGAUGGUAGUGUAGUGUGCAUUUAUGCUUGGACAUUGCAAGAUCUCCCUGGUUUGA